UCUGUCUCUUACAUUUGCUUCGCGUUGUCAUUUUACAUACCGUAAUGAUUUCCAUUUAAGAAAGUUAUUUAUAGGAGUCUUAAAAGCAUGUUGCCGACGGAUAUUUGUCGCACAUGCGCGCUACAAGAUGACAGCUUGCUCCCGCUAGCAACGCGCACUAAUAAAUAUGCAAAUAAAAGUUUUAGUGACAUAUUGCACGAAUUGACGCAGAAUGAUCCCUUGCAGGACCAAACGGAUGAUUGUCUGCCACAGUAUUUGUGUGGCGAAUGCCUGCACAAGCUUGAAGCUGCCUAUGCAUUUGUGCUGCAGGCGCGGCAGGCGCAGGAGCAACUGUUGUUGCAGCUGCGCAAAGGUUCGCUAAGGCAAUGCUUGGAGGAGGUGCCCAUAGACAUUAGGAUGCAGGACAUUAAAAACGAGACGGACGUUGACAUAGAAUCGGAGCCAAACAAAAAAACCCAAAACGAGUCGCUACUGGAAGAUGCGGGAGAGAUUGAAGAACCGGAGAUUGCUGCAGUGUCUGGCCCAGCUUUAAAGUGGCAGACGGAAAGCGAUAGCGACAAUACUAAGGCGGGUGUUGACGAGCAGGACAUGGACCUAAAGCCAAAGCAAUUGAGGCGCAGCUUACGGAAAGCCAAACAUGGUAUAGUCAGCGAAAAUGAAGCCUCUUUUGCUAAUAUGAAGAGCUUGACUGUCAAUCGUCGUCGCGGACGUCCCGCGCGUCAUCCCAAAAAAGGAAACAUCAACGAGGAGGGCCGACAUACGUGCGAGGUGUGCGGGAAAACAUUUUCGUGGCACCGCGACAUGGUACGCCAUGCCCGCAUACACUUCGAGCAGGCGGCCUACAUGUGUGACAGCUGCGGCAAGAGUUUUUUGCGCAAGGACAAGUAUAUGUUUCAUCUGCGUUCGCACGAGAAGCGUGCAGCCAAAUGGCAGGCAUUGCAGCUGAGUAGUGAAUGGCGCUUUGCAGAACGCCUUUACAGCUCGGGCCGGCUCAAGCAUGUAAUCUGCAAGCUGUGCGGCUUGAAGUGCCAGCGAAUUCGGGAAUUACGCGAUCAUUUGGCGUGCCAUGUCAGCAUGGAAACAUUGUCUACAUUGAGCAUGGAGAGUGAUGUGGUCAUAGAGCAGUUUGCCAACGAGCAGCAGCAAUUAGACUUGGUACAGAUCAAACAACAGGUGUGCGCUGACAUUGCCAAGGGACGUGAGCUGCUGGACAGGUAUUGCGCUGUGGUCAAUGCGUAUGGCUAUGAGCUCUGUCUCAGCGACUCGGAUGAGGAACUAGCUGACUUGACGCCACAGUACCAGUGUAUGCCAUGCAACACCACCUUUACGCGCAAGUAUCGCCUCAUGCGCCAUACUCUGGAGGAGCACACGCAUUCAGAAGCGGAUGUACCCUGGCAACGUUGUAAUGUUUGUCAAAUUGGCUUUGUGUGCGCCAAGCUGCUGGAGCAGCAUCAACGCACGCAGUGCCACAAUAAACUUAAGCGUUAUAGCUGCCCCAGUUGUCCAGGAAAAUUCAUUUGGAAGCAGAAUUUGAAGCAGCAUGCGUGCUCCCAAAGCAACGGGGUGCAAAAUGAGCAACAGGAGCAGAAGAUCGCCCACCAAUUCCAAUGUUGUCUCUGCGAUGCCCAACUACACAGCAUGGGAGGAUUACGCGCUCAUUUACUCACCCAUCGCGAUGGACGCAGCGGCAUAGAUCCGGAUAAGCGGGCUGCCUUCUUUCGCACCUAUUAUCCCGAUGGCUUAGCCUGCAGCUUGUUAGAGCUGAGUGCACGCAUUGCCGGCGAUUUUGAGGCAAAGGAUUACGGACGCUACUUCAAUGCCAGCACUAGCAGUGGGCAGGAGCUGGAUUUCUUUGACUCGGAGACAGAUUUGAGUGAUGAGGAGCAGUUGAGCUCUGUCGCUGCGUUGCAUAUAUGUUCACUGUGUGGCGAGACCACAAUACGCCGGACCCAAUUGCUUGAGCACCAGCAGCAGCAGCAUAGUUCGGACAGGCUGCCGCAUGCCUGCGAGAACUGCGACAUGAGCUUUGUAGCCGAUUCCUUACUGCAACGGCAUCGCCAACGGAUCUGUGACAAGCUGCAUGCCAAGUAUCAUUGCCAGUUUUGUAGCCAGCGUUUCUACUGGCACUCCAACUAUGAGCGGCAUUUGAAGCUACAGCACGAGAAGGAGGAUAAAACAGAGGUUACCGAAGAGCAGGAGCCCAGAUUAAGAAGCAAGCGCCAUCCAACAGCAGCCAAGCUGCAGUGUGGCGAGUGCGAAAAGGUCUUCAUCUGGCCCAAGGAUCUGACACGUCACAAGCGAAUACAUCAGCCGCAGGCGUUGGCUCAGUACGAAUGCCCCCACUGUGAGCGCAAGUUCCAUCGCAAGGAUGGCCUCAAGUCGCAUAUGCGAGUGCACGGUGAACAGCAGCUGGACAGAACGAUUGCCAGUGAUCAACCAUCGUCCGUGCUGCAUCACAUGCCGUUAGUGUUGACCCAACUUUGCCGGCCCAAUGGUUGCAAGCAGAUUCAGUGCAUGAUUUGCCUUUCGCAGCACACAAAGAUCGCCGAUCUGCGUGCGCAUUUACUCAACCAUCAGUUUGCGGUGAUGUUUGCGGAGAAUCGUGGUAAGUCGGAGAGCAUUGAAAACAUUUCACGUGCUCUAUAUCCAGAGCUUGCCACGCCGCUGGAUCAGCAACAGCUAAUCAGGCGUAUUCAAAGCGAUGUGGCCAAGGGCCUUGAACUGGAAAGAUUCAUAUCCAUUACCAACGAGGCGGGCAUUGAGCUCAGCUUGGACAGUAGCGAGACUGAAACAGAUUCUGACUCUGCCGAGGCAGUUAGAAGCAGCAAGGAGCGUCUCUACAGCUGUGAGCUGUGCCAGCUGAAGGUGCAGCGUAAACAUCAGCUCUACGCCCAUCAAUUGGAGCAGCAUACGUGGCAGGAGGCGACGCGUGUUUGCACCCAUUGCCAGGCCAGAUUUGUGAAUGAGCAGCUGCUGGAGCAUCAUUAUCGCACGCUCUGCCGAAACGCGCAGCGGCGUUUUCUAUGUCGCAAAUGCCCAAUGCGCUUUCGCUGGCGCGAGAAUCUGAAGCUGCACAUGGACGUAGCGCACCAAGAAGCAAGUGAAGAGCAUUUGAAAUUGGGCAUUCAGUUGAACGGGACACAUCUGCUGCCUAUUGUUAGCUACGACUGCACCGAAUGCAAUCGCAGCUUUAAAAUGCAAAAGGAUCUCACCAGGCACACCCUUAUGCAUGCUCAAGAUUCGAGCAUUUACCGUUGUCGCUGGUGUGCUCGGCGUUUCUAUCGCCUGGCCAAUCUUCUGCAGCAUAUCGAACGUCACGGCAUUAGCGCCGAGCAGCUGCCUUAUGCGGAGGCACUGCUCAAUGCCAGCCGGCAUCCGCAUGGCCAGAAGUGCAUCCAGUGCAAGGUGUGUAAUAUAUCCUACCCCACAAUUGCCGCACUGCGCGCCCAUCUGCAAUCUGCACCAGGAGGCACACAUCAUGGACUUGACUCGAUGCUCAACUACUCUAUAACCAAUCAGCAGGGAUACGAGCUGCAGCUGGAUGACUCGGAAACAGAUGAGGAGGCCAAGCCGCCGGGCACACCCACACACUACACCUGCAGUAUGUGCCAACUGCGCUGUGUGCGCAAGUUUGAGCUGCAUCAGCAUCAGCAGGCCAUGCAUCGACUGGAGCGCAUAAGCGAGGGUUGCGAUCUUUGCAUAUUUAAAAGUGUCUCUCCUGAUCUUAUUAACUAUCAUCGUCGUGUGCUGUGUGACAACACAGAGAAAAAGUUCAAGUGCAUCAAGUGCGGCUACAAGUUUAUGUGGGAGGCGAAUCUGCUGCAGCACGUGAAGCUGCAGCACCCCAGUAGCGAGCUACAGCAGGAAGUGACUGCCAUGCUUGAAACGGAAACUUCCAGUACUGAGUGCCAGAUCUUUCAGUGCGGUCAGUGUCCUAGUAAAUACAAUCGCAAGGAUCGGCUCACAGCACACAUAAAAAAAUAUCAUUCAGCAGAAACUAGCUCCAAGGCUGCCACAACAAAGGCUGCAACAGGCGCCAAGCAGCAGAAAAGUUUUCUCUGUGCCUUUUGCGGCAAGGCGGUUAGUUCCUCAUCCAAUCUGAUCAUACACAUACGUCGGCAUACCGGCGAGAAGCCUUUCAAGUGCGACUACUGCGACAUGGCGUUUCCACGGUCGUCCGAUCUGCAAUGCCAUCGACGCACCCAUACAGGCGAGCGGCCGCAUGUCUGCACCGUUUGUCAGAAGGGCUUCGCGCGCUCCUACAAGCUGCAGCAGCACAUGCGCAUCCACAAUGGCGAACGCCCCUACAAGUGUACUUAUUGUGAUAAGAGCUUCACCCAGUCGAAUGACCUGACUCUGCACAUACGGCGGCACACGGGCGAGCGUCCCUAUCAGUGCAACACGUGCGGCGAGCGUUUUAUUCAGGGCACAGCGCUCAAAAAUCAUCGACUACAGAAUGGACACUACGAGACGGAAGCAGACCAAGUUAAAGAUGUCUAAAUAAGACUACGACUCUUGAUUAAUAGUAUAAGAGUUAAUAGAUUAACGUUCAAGGCAAUUAAAAAUUUCGCAUUGACAAUCAUUAAAUAAUAAACAUUUUGUCCAUUUGGGUCAACAUUUUGGA